GCGGGUGAGAGGUUAAAGGUCGGAGCCGGGGGUCGGGUUUGGGGGCUGCGAUCAUGGAGAUCACCAGACACAAUUUUAAGGAAUCUCUUAGCAUAGUAAUUGAAGCUAUUGAAGAUGCUGAUUUCCUAGCAAUUGACGGGGAAUUCUCAGGAAUAAGCGAUGGACCAUCAGUGAGCACAUUGACAAAUGGAAUGGAUACACCAGAAGAAAGAUAUCAGAAGCUUAAAAAGCACUCCAUGGACUUCCUGCUGUUUCAGUUUGGUCUUUGCACGUUUAAGUACAAUUCUGUUGAGAGCAGACACAUAAUGAAGACCUUUAACUUUUAUGUUUUCCCGAAGCCACUUUCCAGAGCCUCGCCGGAUGUUAAGUUUGUUUGCCAGAGUUCAAGCAUUGAUUUUCUAGCAAAUCAUGGGUUUGACUUCAACAAAGUUUUUCAUGCUGGAAUCCCGUACUUGAAUCGGGAAGACGAACGGCAGCUUCGGGAACAGUUGGAAGAAAAGCAACAUCAGUCCAAUGGGACUGGGACGCCAUCUUUCAUCUAUCCAAACGCUACCAAAGGACCAGUCGUGAUUCCAGAAGAACAUCGAGGUUUCAUUGAGAAGAUUGUUGAGAAAGUUGAAGAUCUAUUGAAAGAUGAUGAAGGUAGUGUUGAAUUGGAGCCAUGCACAGGGUUUCAGAGGAAACUUAUUUACCAGACCUUAAAUUGGAAGUUUCCUAAAGGUGCUCACGUCGAAACCUUGGAGAAUGAAAAGAAAGAGAGAUAUAUCGUCAUCAGCAAACUGGAUGACGAAGAACGGCGAAGGAGAGAAGAACAAAAACGAGCCAAAGAACAGGAAGAAAUGAACGAUGCUGUAGGAUUUUCCAAAGUAAUUCAUGCCAUUUCAAAAUCGGGUAAACUGGUGGUGGGACAUAACAUGCUGCUGGAUGUCAUGCACACAAUUCACCAAUUCCUCUGUCAGUUACCAGAUGAGCUCAAUGAAUUCAAGGAAUUAACAACGAGCGUCUUUCCCAGGCUUCUGGACACAAAGCUCAUGGGAAGCACACAUCCUUUUAAGGAACUGAUAGUGAAUACACCCCUCGCAGAGCUGGAAAAACGGUUAAAAGAGGCACCUUUCAGACGGCCCAAAGUUGAGAGUGCUGAAGGGUUUCCGAGCUACAACACGGCCUCCGAGCAGCUGCACGAAGCUGGUUAUGACGCGUACAUAACUGGCCUGUGCUUCAUCUCCAUGGCGAAUCAUCUAGGUUCUUUCCUCAGCCCUCCUAAAGUUUCUGUUUCUGCCCGAUCUAAACUGGUUGAACCUUUCAUCAACAAACUGUUUCUAAUGAGGAUUAUAGAUAUUCCUUACCUGAACCUGAGUGGUCCUGACUUGAAACCAAAGAGGGACCACGUUCUACACGUUCGAUUUCCCAAGGAAUGGAAGACCAGUGACCUCUACCAACUGUUCAGUGCCUUUGGUAACAUCCAAGUAUCCUGGAUAGAUGAUACUUCAGUGUUUGUAGCAUUGAGCCAGCGGGAACAAGUACAGAUCGCUGUGAACACCAGUAAGUAUGCAGAGAGCUACCGUAUCCAGACGUAUGCAGAAUACGUGGAGAAAAAGCAGGAAGAGAAACAAAUCAAGCGCAAGUGGACUGAAGAAAGCUGGAAAGAAGUGGAGAGGAAGAGGCUGAAAACUCAGUACACCCCACAACCUUAUCUUAGCCAGAUGUUUGAUUUCAGCAAAACAAAUCCUACUGGGGGCAAAAGAAGCAUGAGCCCUAUCCAGGAGGAGAACAUAUCUGAUGAGACCGGGGAGGGCGAGGUUACAAGUAAAGACAGUGAGAGUGACAAUUCGGGUAGUGCAUGGACCGACGCGUCACUGGCAGAUACCAGGAAAAUGAAGCAAAGGCAGAAGAAGGCAAAGAAAUCACAGGACAAGACAGGCAGUGCAGCAGAGCUAUUUGAAGUCCCAGACACAUGGUGACGUGACGCAGGACGAGUAAAAUGAAGUUGCAUCUUCUAGGUAAAGCCGUGACGAGAGACAGCAAGCACUUGCAAGCCAUAGCAAUCUCUGAGCUCCGCGGUACAAGACAGCUUAAAAAAAAAUAAGGUCUGUGAAAGUUGAGAUGUUUUUCUUUUUAAUAAAACUAAAAAGAGCCAAUAUGUCUGUUAAGUGUCUGUUAAUUUUAUGUUUUUGUUUAAAACAAAUGAUCCAUUGCACCUGUAAACUGGGGUCAUUCUCGUCCUGAGCAGUGUUAAACAGUCUUGUACUGCUCUCCGCUUAGAGCAACGAUGACCCCAGAGACUUGUCUUGUGCCAGUCAUUCAAUUCAUAUUCCAGAACUAUAUAAUCACGGUUCAGCACUGUAAAUUUUUUAUGUAUUGUAUUUCCAGUGAAUCUAAUUACUUGAUUAUCGAUAAUGUGGUAUAAUUUUUUUUAGGUUCAGGUUUUUAGGGGGGUUGCUAAAUGCAUUGCCAUAAGCCAUCCUUGCAAUAAGGGUUGCCAGCUGUCACACCAAUACUUGUUUCCUUUGUCUUGACUGAUGUGUACUGUGCUUUCAGUCUCUGGUGUCUCAACUUGUAUCCUGCACUAGAUCUUGUCCCCUUCUGUUUGUGUGCAAAAUACUUGUCUAUUUUCUCGGGGGACAAGUUUUGUAUUGUAUUUAAAGUUUUUGUAUCAUGAAGAAAAAUAAAAUAUUUCAUGAAAG